AUGGCUUCGUCCGUCUUGGCACUCCAAUUACCCGAAAUCCUCUCUCGCGUCCUGUCUCAGCUUUAUAGUCGCCCUGACGGCGCCAAUAUCGCCAGCGCCUUGCGCGUCAACAAAUUCUGGUUCGCGUGCGGCAUCCGCAUCCUCUGGAGCGAGUCGCGUAGCUCAGCACUCGCUUCCCUGCCACCCACAUGCCCACUCGCUGCCCUGCCACCCACAUGCCCACGUCGGCAACUCUACGCCGCGCAGGCUAUCACGCUACUGUUCGAUCCCAAUGGUAGCAAGAAGGUGCAUCGGGAGCUGCAGUAUCUGGUCUUUCCCCGCCUCAAGUGCCUGUUGCUCGACCCCAAGAGCUUGAAUGACGCCAACGACAAUUUAUGUCCUAUUUCCCAGUACUUUGGCCCGACGCUGCAGAACCUCGAGUCCAACAUAGGAUCGCCCGAUUCGGAUUGCAGUCUGUCCGACAUCAUGUGGCAAGGGACAUACAACCAGGGCAAGUUGAAGCAACACCAGCCUGAGGAUCCGAUCGCAGUAUCGUCCAUUUUACGCCUCCUCACCAGGGCCCCGUUUCUGCAGCGGAUAGCUCUCGUGGUUGACAAUCAAGCCUUUUUCGGUACAGAUUUCUUAAUUCACUGCGCUCGCCAGCCACAGCUCGUUGAGCUAGCCUUGCGUUGCAAUCAUGGAGCCGCCACCUGGCAGCGCAUUCCCGCUGCCGUCCCCGCGCCCUUUCCUACCCUGCGCGCUCUACACAUCUGGUCACAUUGCUCGGCUGUCGCUGUUCUUGUCAAGGUCGUGCCAGCUCUCGAGGAGCUGACCCUUCUCCUCACGGACGAACCGAGUGAGAACUUCUUGUACCAUCUCCAGUCUCUUUCCGCCUUGCGCAUUUUGCUUGUCGGGUAUUACUGCUCCGAGGAAAUUCCAAGAAGCGAGUUGAUGGCUCUCGGGGAGCUGAAGCAAUUGCGAGAACUCCGUCUCAGAGCACAUACACUUGGUGCUCCACCCUUGCGCUCGAAAAACUCGGGCUUUUGUGACGCAGAUUUGGACGUGUUGCUCUCCGGACUAGGCAAUCUCCGCGUCUUCGAUUUUCGAGUUCUUUGCUCAUUAUCUUCCAAGGCAUUUCUCAAGCUUGCGAGGCACUGCCCUCACCUACAAGCCAUUGAUAUUCUGCAAGUGUGCAACCUGGCGAUGAAUCAGGAUGCGUUUUAUACCUUUCCAUACCUGGAAAGGUUUGCUGCCCGUGGUUUCGAGUGUCCUCUUGACCAUUCUCAUUCCGGGUAA